AUGAUACGGUUUCCCAUCGAGCAUCUGCGCGCGAAAUGCCUCUCCUUGAGUGGCUGCAAGGUACAUGAGGAGGAAAUUAGCACUGACAACAAGAAGAUCCUUCGUACCCGCCCAAGGGUUGGCUGUAACCCCCCCGUCGUCAUAGUCUGGCCCUCUCUCUUCUCCCUCGAGGCCGCUCUGUGUUUGGCCCUUUCAUGCAAGGAACGAGAGAGAAGUCGUGGAACGCAGUCCCUUAAUUGGCUGGGCAUCUUGAGGGGUGGAGGCGGCCGGCACACCAUCCUCAAACCAGAUAAGAUGACUGGAGGCAGAGGGAGAAGACGGUGUAUUCUGAACUGCCUCGCCAGGGUUCCAGCAAGGGUCUCUCCUUUCAUCUCUGGCAGAGCCAUACCCUCAUUUUUGCUCCAUCAGCCUCUCUCUGAGAAGUGCGUGACAUUCAUUGACAGGAGCCAUUCAGACGAAUUGAUUUCGUCAAGUCCCUCGUUUGAUUUAUUUCUACAGGCUCUGCUUCGAUCUAUAUCACCAACUUGCGACUCCCGAUUCUUCCACACAGCAACCAUGCAUUUCUUUUCCAAGACAACCAUCGCCCUUACUGUGGCCCUUGCUGCCUUCUCUGAUGCCACUUCCCAUGGACGCCACAGAUACCGCCAUUUCAACCGCCAGGAUUCCAGCCUCAGCGUGCCUCUCAGCACUGGCUAUGCUACCCCAACCAGCUCUAUGGGAGAGGCCCCUGCUAAAAAGCCAGUUGACACCGCUUUAGCUGGAAUGACUUCGUCUCCUGCUCCAAUGGGCACAGGAACAAACCCAAAGCCUACUCCUCAGGACCCAAGCUGUACUGUGAUUACUUCUGUAGUCACCUAUACCUUGGGACCCGGCAACAGUGUUACCUCAUACACGUACACAACUUCUGUUCCUAUCACCCAUGAGACUCGCACCGUUAUCCCCGUAAGUUCAAAUUGGCAUAUCCGUUCUAAAAGCACGAAAACUAACAUUAGCCUUCAGACUCCUGUUGGCCCUCAAUCAAGUGUCCCGCCCACCACUACCCGAACCACCACUACAACCAGCACAUCCACUUCGACUGAAUGGGUUACUGUUAGCGAAGUUUGCACCAGCGCUUCCCAGGGCGCUCCCGGCAGUGCUCAAACGAAGGCUCCAGAGAACCCAGCUGGCAAUCCCGGCCCGGCUCCUACCAGCGCUCCACAGCCACCAGCUGGCGCUCCAGGUCCUGAUAAUACUUGCCCUUGCCCUCCCCCCUCCACAGUUACUGUCACUCAAGCAACAGCUACUAUCACAGCUACUGUCACUCAGGCAACUGCCACUGUUACCGUGACUGUCUCCACCGAAUCGAAGCCAACCAAGGCUCAGGAAGCUGAAGCUGGUAACCACGCUCCAGCUAUGAAGUCGCCCGACCAAGCCACCCCUCCAUUCCCUUCUCCAAAGCCCACCCACCCAGCCCAUCCCUCCCAUCCCCCCCAUCACAGCCAUCCUAGCCAGGGUAUGCCCCACGGUACCGGCUCUCCAGCCUACCAUUUCCCGACUGGUCUUGCUUACUAG